CUGCCUCAGCCGAAAAACACACGUCAACCACUGCAGACCAGCACUGCACGGCGAAAGCAGCAGGCCUAUGAGGAUCCACAGGAAGCUUGUCAGAUACAGACUGCUCACUCUUGAUUAUCUCAGUGGCAGCUGCAGAGACCCGACGAGAUCCGAACGCAAAAUGCGCCAAUUAUCCGCAAGACACGGAUGUGCAGUCGUGCGUGUUCCGAGCAAUUUGAAUUAAAUCAUAGGUUUUAGAACGCGGUCGCUUAUCUGUUGAUGAUCGUUAGUUAGAAGAACGUGUAGUUGUCUUCUCUUUAUAUAAUCUUUUUUUUUUUGUACCGAGAGUUGGAUGCCUCGUGGACGGGGAUUAUUAUUUUGGCGAGGAGAUCUCUAAGUGCUCUCCCUCCUCCCUGCAUCCGUUGCCGUCCUCAACGGAGACUCAGACGGCGGAUAUCUGAAUGCAGCAACGCUGUAAACAAACAAGGGGCCGUUUUAAUGAAAUUAAACGCCGCUGCAUCCCGGUUGAAGCCUUCAGUUAGCAAUGUGCCUGAGAAUCCUCCAGCUGCUCUUCCGCGCUUUUUCUUUUGAGAAUGGGAUUGUAGUGAAACUCUCUGGGAUUUAGAACAACUGCAAGCAUGUUGCAGCCUUCCACCAGAACAGGUGACAGCCUGUUGGAAACAUUACCUCACUGGAGUAAGUCCCAGAGAUGGGCCUUAUUUCUCGCCCUCUGCGCGACUCUCCUCUGGCUCCCAGAGGCAGCGGGUUCUACGCUAAAUUGCCAUAAGAUGUGCAUCUGCGCCGCGAACAUCGUCAGCUGCUCCAAAAUGAAUCUGACCAUCGUCCCGACUGGUCUACCUCUCUACACUUCUGUGCUGGAUGUCAGCUAUAACGAGAUAAUCCGACUGCAAUCUGAGUGGACCCCAGCCAAGCUCCCGAAUCUACACAACCUCCUGCUCAGUCACAAUGGUCUCCAGUUCCUGUCUUCAGAGGCGUUCACAAACGUGAAGCACCUGCGCUACUUGGACCUGUCCUCUAACGAGUUAAAGCAGCUGGAUGAGUUCAUCUUUGAGCCUUUGGUCAACCUAGAAGUCCUCCUGCUGUACAAUAACAAGAUUUCACAGAUUGACCGCACAGCCUUCGUGAGCAUGAUUAACCUUCAGAAGCUGUACCUUAGCCAGAACCAAAUCUCCCGCUUCCCUGUGGAGCUGGUCAAAGAUAAGACCCGCCUAGAGAAACUCAGCCUCCUGGACGUAUCCACCAACAAGAUCAAGAUUUUGCCCAUUGACGAGCUCCAGGUGUUGCCCGCCUGGAUUAAAAACGGCCUCUACUUCCACAGUAACCCUCUGCUGUGCCACUGCGACCUUUACACCCUCCUGGUACACUGGUACAUGCGAAAGCUCAAUUCUGCCGUGGACUUUAAAGACGACUACACUUGUGUUUUACCCGGCCCACAAAAAACCCAAGCACGCGUUUUUGACCUCAGCGGUGAUAGUAUGAACUGCAGCACAUUCAAGGAGGCAGAUGAAGAGGCUUUUCUGGAGCAAACACUGAUUCUUAGCUGCGACACCAAACACAGAAAUAUGUUAAAGACCUGGACAUUGCCCGGUAAUGUUCUGGUGACACCUGGGAGCAACCAGACAGCUAAAGUCCUGUCAGACGGGAGUCUGCAGAUUAGUUCAAUGAGGUCUGAGGACUCUGGGACCUACACUUGCUUUGCCACGAGUGAGAGCUUUAAUGAGACUAUCUACGUAGUGCUCAAGGUUCACAAUUUCACCAUGCAGGGGGCUGGGGAGACCCUGAACACAGCAUACACCACCUUGGUAGGUUGCCUGGCCAGUGUGGUGCUGGUGCUUAUGUAUCUUUACCUGACGCCAUGUCGCUGUUUCUGCUGCCCUAACAAGGGUAAAACUCGGGGCGAGGACAGCAUCCACUCCUCAAUGCUGAGUGUGACACCGACCCACGAGGACCCGGCACUCAAGGCCGAACUGAACAGGCACGUGGCUUUCAUAGACUCCAAGGACUUGCAGGGACAAAAUGGUAAGCUGAACCCCAAUGGGGAUGAGGAGGAUGAUGAUGAUGAUCUGGAUGCAGAGGCUGGUUCUCUAAUGAAGGGCAAAAGGAAGAAGUCAGUGGCAGAGUCCAUCAGCUCCGUGUUUUCAGACACUCCCAUGGUGGUCUGAGACGAGACUGGCAAAGACAGUAGAUGCCACAUGACUGGAUGUAGGUGAUGCAACGUGAGCCAUGUUUUAGUUCGUGUGAACUGUGACCUUGUGGGAGAAAACUGCCGAGAAAUGUUCACCUGCGGUCGCUGGCAAGUGAAAGUAGGAUUUCAAAGGGAGUAAAAAUCAAACUGUCUCAUUGUCAAAAAGGACAAGCGGCAGAACUUUUCCAGCAUUUUGAUCUGUAGCACUUAAUAUUCAUACUGUGAAGGAAUAUCAGUGUAGACGGAAAGGGAAAACUAAGAGUCUUACGAGAGCGAAACGUAGAUGUUCAGUCGUUGACGUCAGCACUCAGGAAGUGAUCAAUAAAACUGAAAAAGUUGGGAAAAUAAAAGGCAUAGACGGAAAUUAGAUGUAAGAAGAAUUUUAGUUCACAAAUAGUAUAUAUACUGAAUCCAUGGGUAGCUCAUAAUUAUAUUUAUUAUUAAGGAUUAGAGUAGCUUGUAUUGUAAGUAAACAUUAGAGCACAGAUUCAUGUACCUCUCCUCUAUCAAGGAGAAAGAGAUUUAGACUGACUGACGUCACUAGGCUAUGAAUACAUUUGACCUUAACCUUGAGUCCUCUAUAGUAAAACAGCGCGCCAUAAAACAAUGUUAUCCGAGAUCCCAGCCUGAACUGGAUGAGUAAGAUAAAGAAAGAUACAGAUUUUUCAGAUGUUUAGUCAUUCACUGAGGUAGCACAAACCACCACAGGUCAUAUUCAUCCUACAUCGUACUCCAGCAGCUAUAUGUUAAGGGAAUCAGUUUAAAAAACUGCCAACUAACUCCACGCUAAUUAUUUUUCACAAAUGAAUUGUUCAUCAAAAAAGUUGCUUCUUAGUUGCUGCACAGUAUAACCCCAAAGGAACAUUUGCAGUCUUACACAAUUAAAAGCAGUGAGCACCUCCGACAGAUACACAUUAGGUGCAGGGAAGUAUUUUGUUAUGAUUUAUUAUCAACAGAUCGUCUGAAUUCUGUAUACAGAAAGGUGCCACACUCCUUACAAGGAUGACAAGGCUUCUGUUUGUUGUCCACCGAGGUGCCACUUGCCGUCAAGUUUGACUCCUCCUCCCGGCCAAGUUACAGCAUUAGUUUCUGUCAGCCGCAACAUUCAAAAAAAAAAAAAGCUGCAGAGUUUAUUUUAUUGCAUUUUUGCACCUUGCACAAAACCCGGAAUAGCACAAAUUUCUACCCAUACAUCUUAAACUUUGUCAUAAAGUAUUUCAUCUUGCAUUUUGCUCAGAUGGGCAGAUCCUCAUAUCACAGAAAAUGUAGCUGUUUGUUAUGGUGGUUAGAAAAUGAUCUAGGUUGUAUUAACAGGUAAACACUGAAGGCGAAAUAACAAUAAAAAGUCUCCUGACUCCACCAGAAAAUUAAGCGUAUGCGUAACAUGAGGCUGUGCAUAAUUUGACAAGAAAAGGCUCAUUUUAGUGCUCGUGGCUGCUGACAGGAAAUUUCCUGUUAACACAGGGGACCUGAGAUCUUUUGAAAAGAUCCCUUUGCAAAACAUGAAUUAACUGUAAAAGUAAUUUCAUGUGCAAGACACCUGGUGUGCGGCGCAUAUUUCAUUAACAACUUUUAAACGGGAGACUGUCUCUUAGCAAAAACUAGAAAGAUUUCAUUAACACGUGCGGUGUUCGCGACAUAAUACAACAAGGCCAGCCUGGAGUAAAUGCUAAUUGCUUCCUUUGACGGGAUGUAGCGUCCCUCUUCUUUCUGUGUCUUUGUCUCUUUGAGCUGAAGGGGAUUGGUGUGUUAUCAUGAGUCACAGCAACACAAAACCAUUCUCCCUGGCUCUCUGUAUACCGACAGCCACAAUUCAGCCCAGAUGUGUUUGCUUUGUUUGUGUACCGCUGUCAUUGAAGCUGCCCUUACUUAGUUCAAAAGCAAUCGUUCAACUAGGCAAUGAAUGCAACGCCCUUUAGGUAGUCUGCAGCUCGUUAAUGAGCGAAACGCCUGCACCUUUCUUUACACAUUUACACUCCAACUUAGUCACACGGGUGAAAAGCACUUUAAGAUAUGAUAAUUCAUUACGCUUUUGAAUUCAGCUUCAAAGAAUACCUUCUAUUAGAAAUGAUAGUUAUUAAUAUAUCUUGCAGCUAAACACACAAAGACGUACACAUUUGUGGGUGCAGUAGGCUUGUACGCAAAAUAGGUGGAAUAGUCACAGACACUGCGUGCACCACUAAACGUCUCCUGCGUGGGCGAGAAAAGGAAGUCACAUUAAUCUGAGAGGUGGUGUGUGUGUGAAUCAUUCCACUCUCUCACACAUUGGAAUACCAGGUGGAGAAAUGAAGAGGACCAAAAAAACCCAAAAAAAUCCUACUUAAAUAGAGCCACAUUUAGCAUUACUGCAGUCUGGUUCCAUUUGGCCAAGAUGCUCACAUUUCACAGAAUCCCAUUUUGAGCUUUUAACCUGUUCCCCACUCAGACUACUCACCUUUUUGAGCCCCAGACAAAAGCUGAGAAGCUAAAAAUGCAAACAAUACACAGAUAUUGCCGCUAUUGAGCACGCUAAAUUACCAGAUCACUGGGAAAUGGUGUUGUUUUCCCUGCAUGAACCCGAUGUCAGUCCAGUUAAAUCUGCUGUGGGUAAUGGGUGGUCUACUCCUCUGUGUUGUCAUUUAAAAUACAGGUUGCAAUUCUGUAUAAAUUAGUGUUAUUGCAAGGGACCUAAAAUAGAAAGAAAGAGUGUCUUUGUUCUCUUCAAAGCAAACCUGCCUUCCUAUAUAUAUUAAUAACUAUAUAUACAGUAUAUAUACGUAGUGAGACUCACUUUGUGUGUUCAGUAUUGCUUAGUUGUGUACUGCUAUGUUCUAUCAGUGUAAUGACUGUAUCCUUGUAUAAUCUGAUGAUGUUCAUUUUGCAUUAUGUCUGUCACUGUGAUCUUGUUAGUUGUUUUAACAUUCAAGUCUGGAUAUGUGUGUUUAUUUUUUAAGCCAGGUGGAGUUCAGUUGUUUUUUUUGGGGUGGGGGUUGUUUUGUUUUUUUUUUGUUUUUUUAUUGAAAGAGGAUGUAUUUUACAGUCAUCUGGUGAUGAAUAUGGCUAAACGGAGAAUAUAUCUGAACAAACUCUGCAUGGGAAAAAGGGGACACUUUUGAAAUAACUGCAUAAUUGCAUAUGAGACAUCCUAAUGGGCAGUGAGUAUGUAGCCUCCAGUCAUAUUCAGCCAGUAUUUGACUUUGCUAAUAAAGCCAUAAGCAGCGCAGUGCUUUAUCACAUUGGUGACAUGUCAGAUGAUGAAGGGAGAUGCAAGUAGGUGCGUUUUGCAGCAGCAGUGUUGUAACAAAGCGAGAGCUUUUCUGUACGUACAAAUCUUUUCCUGUUUUUUUAAAAUAAAAAUCAGGAAUGAUCUCCAAGCACACCAACAAAUUCCUGAAAUGUAAUGGGUUCUCAAUGGCUUUAAACAUAGCGGGUGAGUAAAUCUCAGGACUAUGUCAUACAAUAUGAAACUUAGGGAUCACAUUUUAAAGAGUUCAUAUUUGUACUAUCAAUGAGACAAAGUUUGGGUCUCGAGAUCUGUGCAUGUUACAGGCCCUUUGCUAUUUACCCUAAUGGUACAUUAGACUCACCAAUUAGGGAAGAGAGUGAUCUCUCGCUGCCCAGCACACAUCUCCACUCAUCUAGCUAUGAAGUAGCAGUUAAGGGAACAUUCAUGAUUUGCUGAGGCUAAAAGCUUGGUGCUUUAAAAGAGUGCUGCUAGUCUCCAAAGGACACGAAGGAAGCUUUUAACAGCAUACAAAGCACUAAGUUUAUUGACCACUGCUUCAAAGAUGAUACGAUUGGUCACUGCCCUAAGAAAUGAAAGGUCUCGCAGCUAAAGUUGAAUGGCUUUGCAUGGUAUGCUUAGGAGCUUCUCUGACUUCAUAAGAAUAAACCAGUAGGCGUUAAAGACAAAAAAUACUGAUAUAUCUUUUGACUUAAUAAAAGAUUCAAAUUUA